AUGGCAAUUGCCCCGGAUGAGAGGCCGGGCAGCACAUCGUCGUUGCCAGAUAGUGACUUUGUGGACCCAUCGCACGCUCAUCAAUUGUUUUCUAUUGAUGGUGCCACCUCCUCAGUGGUGACACACGACACAUCAGAAGGCGGUGCAGAUGAUGAGGGAUUCACGGUGCAAAUGAGAAAAAGUCAGCGCCGUAAGCAGUCGAGAAGGGCACGAUCAAACCCACCAAAUUCGGCUGCUGCCAGACUUUUACGGCUAGAUUUUCCUCUGGGAGCCACAGUAGAUAGAAAAGUGCAGUGGUUUUGUGAAGCUUCUGGUGCACACUAUAAUAAGGUCAUUAAGUUACCUAGAGAUGAAAGUGAAUAUGUCUUCGUUAUAAACGACAGUGCUUUUGAGAAAAUAACUGUCUAUUGUAUCUUACAGUAUGGCAUCUACUGUGGCGCUGCGGCUGGUGUUCUGCUGGUGCUUCACAGUGUCCGAGCGUUCACAAAGUUUGCACACAUUGACCACAUCCCGGAAGAGUUCAUAAGGAAGCAUGUGCGCCUUCACGGUCGCGUGAGGAGCGUGGAUGUGUCCCCACCGGCAGCCGCGCCCACACUGGCACUCCCUCAGCCUGACGCAGGCGCCGCCCCGCGCACGUCUCCCGCGCACACAGAAAAUGUCUCCAUAUCUCCCGCAUCAGGUAAUGACGCGCCUAACAUGAGAGAAAACGUGGAUGUGCGAGGUGCGAGGGGGGACUACCCAGGACGCCAGGAAGGGGCCCUGGAGACGCUCCGGAGGGAAGACUGCGCCCAUACUGAUGGUACCAGUGAACACUCUGAACAACACCUGCGUCCAUUGUUUCUUCAGGUGGAGCACAGGCCGGUCAUCGCUCUCUGGAGGAACAAGGGCGACCACCUGCUGCCUCUCCAGCUGGCGGCUGUCCAGGCGACGACGGAGGGUGUGAGGAGGGCACAGGAGCAGCUGACGGAGCAGAGAGUGUGGUUCACCCUCCUGGGCCGCGACGCCCACACCAUCACCGCCCUCGUCAAGCAGCACAAGGUGUUGGGGAGGACGGUGAACGAGGCGCUAGUGCGUGAGGGGGUGGCGGUGCCGGGGCCCCUGGACUUGGCCCUCCAGGAGGACCCGCAGUACCUGGCCCUCUACGCCCGGCUGCUGAGGGCUGAGGCGCUCGCCCAGAAGAGAGGGCUGGGGAUGUGGCGGCCCUCCGGAGAGCCCCACAAGGGCCGCCUCGCCACCAUGUUUGGCAAGCUGCGAGCGUUUGUUUGGAGGCUGCGGCAGUGAGGGCGCGCAGUGCUGCCACUUGUGGAGAGCGGCGGAGUUACUUCUGUGUGUACUAGUUUCGCCAGGCAGGCCGUGUGCUUCCUCUGACUCAUUACAUUUAUCUGAAUCUCAAUGGAAGUAUUUUAUCAUUAUUGUACCAGCUGUUGUUUGCUGUGUAAUACUUUCUGAGACUGCUUGUAUAUACUUGUUUCACUUCCUUUAUUGACAAUAUUGUCAGAAACAACAUAUUUGUUAUUUCAUGUUCUCUUGACAACAUCAAGGAGCUUCUAUACAAAGUUUGUUUUCAAGUUACAAGUUGAGUGUUAUCAUUAUGUGUUUUAAUGGAGUUCAUGAUAAUGUGUAUACUGUACAUAUUGAUGCAUCUGGCAUACAGGUGACUCACGUGGGCUAAUGGCCCUUUUUUCUUUAUCUAGGUGUGUAGGACUCUGUAAAGAAGGAUUAAAUAUUACCCCGC